UCUUUUAGCUUGCAAAUUGCAACUGGCUCUCUGUCUAUAUAUAUAUAUAUGGUUGACAGAGUGCAAAGAGCAGAAAAGAGGGGUGAAGAAACAUGGCUAGUAAACCAGGCAUUCUCAGUGAUUGGCCAUGGCAAUCUAUGGGAAACUUCAAGUAUGGUCUUCUGGUUCCUGGGGCAAUUUACAGCACCUACUCAUUCAUAACCUGCAAAGCAGAAAAUGAGAGGAACCUGUUCAUGUUCCUCAUCUUCCCGUUUCUGGUGUUUAGAUUGGUUCAUUAUCAACUCUGGAUUUCUUACUCUCGCUACCGAACUGCCAAAGGAAAAAACAGGAUUGUCGACAAGAGCAUCGACUUCGACCAAGUUGACAGAGAAAGGAGUUGGGAUGAUCAGAUUAUAUUGAAUGGACUUUUGUUCUACGGGGCAGGCAUAGUCUUAAAAGAUCAAUUUAACAUGCCCUUCUUCAAAGCAGAUGGCACACUAAUCAUACUGCUACUUCACUGGGGUCCUGCUGAGUUCCUCUACUACUGGCUUCACCGAGCAUUGCACCACCAUUACUUCUAUGCUCGCUACCACUCCCAUCACCAUUCUUCCAUUGUCACCGAGCCGAAUACCUCGUUUGUCCACCCAUUCGCAGAAGUACUUUCGUAUUAUGGGCUCCUUCUGAUACCAACAUUGACAUCGGUAUAUAUUGGAAAAGCUAACAUUGUGGGAGUGUUUACUUACGUUACUGUUAUUGAUUUCUUGAACAACAUGGGGCACUGCAACUUCGAGUUCAUCCCCAAAUGGGCCUUCACCAUCUUCCCUCCUCUCAAGUAUAUUGUUUACACUCCUUCGUUUCACUCGCUACAUCACACUCAAUUUCGGACCAAUUACACACUUUUCUGUCCACUCUAUGAUUAUAUCUAUGGCACCGUCGACAAGUCGACAGAUACUGUGUAUGAAACUGCUCUAAAAAGAGAGGCAGAGUCACCGGACGUGGUUCAUCUGACUCAUCUAACCACGCCGGACUCCAUCUACCAUCUGCCCCUUGGAUUCCCUUCCUUGUCCUCCAAGCCCCAAACUUCCAAAUGGUACCUCCUGUUUAUGUGGCCUGUCACCCUCUGGUCUGUGCUCUUGACUUGGAUUUUUGGCCAUGCCUUUAUUUCAGAGAGGAACACCUUUAAAAAACUCAAACUUCAAGCUUGGGUUGUUCCCAAAUACAAUAUGCAAUAUUUCUCAAAAUGGCAAAGAGAAACUAUCAGUAAAUUGAUUAGGGAAGCCAUUGAAGAUGCAGAUAAAAAAGGAGCUAAGGUGCUAAGCUUAGGCCUUUUGAAUCAGCGUGAGGAGUUUAGCGGAAAUGUAGAGCUGUACAUAAAAAAGAACCCUCAUCUUAAAAUCAAGGUUGUAGAUGGAAGCAGUUUAGCAGCAGCUAUUGUUCUAAACAGCAUUCCUAAAGAAACAACCCAAGUACUACUUAGAGGCAGAAUUUCCAAGGAUGCUUGUAUCUUGGUCCAAGCUCUAUGCCAAAAGGGUAUCAAGGUGCUGACAUUGCAAGAGGAUGAAUACAAGAAGCUGUUAAAGUAUGAUAACAAGCUUGAAAGUAAUUUGGUACUUCCAAAAAGAUAUGAUGUGAAGGUAUGGUUGGUGGGAGAUGGACUGACUGAAAAAGAACAGUCCCAGGCACCAAAAGGAACAUUAUUCAUUCCAUUUUCCAUAUUUCCACCAAAGAAAGUUCGCAAAGACUGCUACUAUCAUACCACACCGGCUAUGGAGGCUCCUAAAUCUCUGGAGAACAUGCACUCUUGUGAGGACUGGUUGCCGAGAAGGGUGAUGAGUGCAAGCCGUGUGGCUGGGAUAAUACAUGCUUCAGAAGGGUGGGACGUUAACGAGUGCGGCGGCACCAUUUUUAGCAUUGACAAAGUUUGGGAGGCUAGUCUUGAGAAUGGAUUUCGCCCCUUGUCAACCUCCGCCUAAUCAAAAUCUAGGCUUGGUAUUAGCCUAUGGCUUUGGAGUAAUUAUGUAGUAAUUAACUAUGUAUGAAUAUGAACUUCCAUCUUCCUUGUAUCUUAUGAAGUCUAACAGGUUGAUUUCCUUGUGUAUGGGAAUAAUUUGCCUUGUAUGGGAUUAUGUUUUUCAUUUUCCUUUCUCUUGAAGCCAGUAGGAUUCGGGUGCCUAGGAAUUCAACAUUUAAGUCGAUCAAAAUAUAAUUUAAAGUUCUAGACCAAAGAUAGUAAAAACAAACUAAUCAAAUACAUCUUGUGAACAUGGAAAUAGAGGGUUAUUCUCCAAGCAAAAGUUGCCUGAAAUUGCUUCACAUGAACUUUUUUCAUGAAUCAAGUGACCACCAUCAGGGGCUUCAAGGUACUACAUCGAGGGUAGCUUUCUUGGAAACGAAUCGUUGCAAUUCAAAUGGAACAACCUUGUCUUCAUGACCUCCCCACAAGUAAACAUAGGUUUCUUUGUUUGGAAAUGGAUUUUUCAGCUGCAUUGGAUCAAAUUCCCAAGUCCCAAAAUGUACUAUCAGAUCCACGUGAAGGGAUUAGUAAACGCCUUGCUGUCGUUUCUUACGCUGUCCCCACACGAUCCAUUGCCAUCCAUGUUUAUGGGUCAACCACCAAUGUAACAGUCCAGGGAAGUGGUGUGCUGUUGAAAGCUUCACUUGUUCACUUUUAAGCUGUCUUUUUAAGGGAAGUGGCAUAAAACUACCUACCUUUAAAAUUGACUAUUGUAAAGGGUUCCAAAACAAAAUCGUCACUGGACAAAAUUUGGAGGACCACUCGUUUAAUAGCCUGUCACCCGAAAGCCAGAAAAAUCACAUCCCUCUCUUUCCCUUGCAGACAUGUCAAAAGGAAGCCUAUCAACUUCUUGUUACCUAAAUCCAUAUUUGUGU